CCUCCCUCCCCGGACGGGGCGCCCCUGCGGUGGGCUCAGCCGCGUGACAUGCCUUCACGACCCCCCUCUUCCCGGCCCCACCCACGCUGCCGUCUCCCCAUUCAUUCGUGAGGCUCUAUGAAUGCUCACUCCUAGCGCUGCGCUGAAACCCCGGGGUGCUGGCCACGAACCUGGGGGAGCGUAGGGGCGGCGUUGCCCCGGAAUCGCCGCGGAGAGGGGAUCGAGGUUUUGGGCGGCUCGAAAAGGCGGGUUCGGACAAAGAAAACGACUUUGAUAUGAAGCAGUAGUAGUUCAGCCAAGUCCUCUCGUGUGUAAAACGAUCUGCCCGAGGGCGGUCUUUAGAUGCUUUUGCAAAGAGGAAAUGAUUUGGUGAUGGAGUGCUCCCACUGACCGAUGGACUCAAAGAAGAGAAGCUCAACAAAGGGAGAAGGAUCCAAAGAAAGAGGCCUGGUCCAUGUCUGGCCAGCGGGAUCCUGCUCUGUAACCCCAGAGAGAUUGCCCGGCUGGGGAGAAAGGACUGUUCUUCAGGCGGCCCUGGGAGUGAAGCAUGGAGUUCUUCUGACGGAAGAUGGGGCGGUGUACAGCUUCGGCACCCUUCCCUGGAGAAGUGCACCAGCAGAGACCUGUCCGAGCAGCCCCAUUCUAGAACAUGCCCUGGUUGGGCAAUGUGUCGUUACUGUGGCAGCGGGGAGUUUCCACAGUGGAGCGGUGACAGAAAGCGGUGUCGUGUACAUGUGGGGAGACAACUCCGCUGGCCAGUGCGCCGUCGCCAACCAGCAGUGGGUUCCGGAGCCCAGUGCCGUCAGCAUUGCUGACUCCGAGACCAGUCCUUCGUUAGCAGUCAGGAUUUUGCAGUUGGCAUGUGGCGAAGAGCAUACACUGGCAUUGUCGAUAAGCAGAGAGAUUUGGGCAUGGGGUACCGGUUGUCAGUUGGGUCUCAUGACCACUACCUUCCCAGUGACAAAGCCACAAAAGGUGGAGCAUCUUGCUGGACGUGUCGUGCUCCAGGUCGCCUGUGGCGCGUUCCACAGCUUAGCACUCGUGCAGUGCCCCCCUUCUCAGAAGCCAGUCCCAGAACGAUGCAACCAGUGCAGCCAGCUCUUGAUGACUAUGACUGACAAAGAAGACCACGUGAUUAUUUCAGACAGUCAUUGUUGCCCACUAGGUGUGACGUUGGCGGAAUCCCAGGCAGAAAACCAGGCUGGCACUGCCAUCAGCCCCUCCACGGAAAGCCGGGACAGCCAGGGAGAAGUGUUUGAGAACACGCAUGUACAGCAUGAUCUGGCUGUGGCUAACAAACUAAAUGUUGGAAAUGUUCAGACCACCAGUAGCGAUGCCAUUCCCCCCCAACUGGACAUCAUAGGAACAACGGAAACAUCUUCUGCUAGAAAUAUACCAUCGGACCCUGAUGCUCUGGCAGGGAAUGAACACGUGCAGAAACCAUCAGAUCCUUCAAAGAGAAAGAACUCGGAGAAUGGUGAAAAGCCAGUGCCAUCUCAGCCUCUGGUAGAAGAAGCAGUUCCUAAUCUUCACAGCCCACCAACCACAAGCACCUCAGCCCUAAACAGCCUUGUGGUCUCGUGUGCAUCUGCUGUUGGUGUGAGAGUGGCUGCUACCUAUGAAGCUGGGGCCUUGUCUCUAAAGAAAGUUAUGAACUUUUAUAGUACAGCCCCGUGUGAGCCUGGAGCUCAGGCAGGCAGCAGUUCCAUAGGCCCAGAAGGUCUGAAGGACAGCAGGGAAGAGCAGGUUAAACAGGAAUCCAUGCAAGGAAAGAAGAGUUCAAGUCUCGUGGAUAUCAGAGAAGAAGAAUCGGAGGGAGGCAGCCGCCGGCUCUCCCUCCCUGGAUUGUUGUCACAAGUGUCCCCCAGGCUGCUAAGAAAGGCUGCACGGGUGAAAAAACGGACAGUGGUUCUGACCCCGACAUACAGCGGAGAAGCAGAUGCGCUCCUGCCUUCCCUGAGAACAGAGGUGUGGACCUGGGGCAAAGGGAAGGAAGGGCAGCUGGGGCAUGGCGACGUCCUGCCCAGGCUUCAACCAUUGUGUGUAAAAUGUCUGGAUGGUAAAGAAAUAAUUCACCUGGAGGCAGGUGGCUACCAUUCCCUUGCACUUAGUGCGAAGUCCCAGGUUUACUCAUGGGGUAGCAAUACCUUUGGCCAACUUGGGCAUUCUGAUUUUCCAACAACUGUUCCUCGUCUUGCAAAGGUAAAGGGUGACAGUGGAGUCUGGAGUGUAGCUGCAGGCCAGGAUUAUUCCCUGUUUUUAGUGGACACAGAAGACUUCCAGCCUGGGUUGUAUUACAGUGGCCGGCAGGACCUUACAGAAGGUGACAACCUUCCAGAGAAUCCCAGUGGUACUAAGGCUCCAGUACUUCUCUCCUGUAGUAAGCUUGGAUAUAUAAGCAGAGUGGCAGCCGGAAGAGAGAGCUAUCUAGCCUUGGUGGACAAGAAUAUUAUGGGGUAUAUUGCCAGUCUCCAUGAGUUGGCUGCUACGGAAAGACGGUUUUAUUCAAAACUAAGUGACAUCAAAUCUCAGAUUCUCAGGCCUCUUCUCAGUUUAGAAAAUUUGGGCACCGCAAGUACUGUCCAGCUGUUGCAAGAAGUGGCAAGCCGAUUCAGUAAGCUGUGUUACCUGAUUGGGCAGCACGGAGCCUCACUGAGCAGCUUCCUUCAAGGGGUCAAGGAAGCCAGGAGCCUGGUCAUUCUGAAGCAUGCCAGCCUCUUCUUGGAUAGUUACACAGAGUAUUGUACAGCUAUUACACAUUUCCUCGUUAUGGGAGGAUUCCAGCUGCUCGCUAAGCCUGCCAUUGAUUUCUUAAAUAAAAACCAGGAGCUGUUGCAAGAUUUAUCAGAAGUGACUGAUGAAAACAUCCAGUUGAUAGAAAUACUGAAUACUUUGUUUUUCUUGCCAACUAGACGACUUCAUAAUUAUGCAGAAGUUUUGCUAAAGCUUGCUACUUGUUUUGAAGUGACAUCUCCAGAAUACCAGAAACUGCAGGAUUCCAGUUCUUGUUAUGAGUGUCUUGCUCUCCAUCUCGGCAGGAAAAGGAAGGAAGCAGAAUACACACUGGGCUUCUGGAAGACUUUCCCUGGGAAAAUGACGGAUUCCUUAAGGAAGCCAGAGCGCCGACUGCUGUGUGAGAGCAGUAACCGAGCCUUAUCUCUGCAGCAUGCUGGGAGGUUCUCUGUGAACUGGUUCAUUCUCUUUAAUGAUGCCUUGGUCCACGCCCAGUUCUCCACACACCAUGUUUUCCCUUUGGCCACCAUCUGGGCAGAGCCCCUUUCUGAAGAAGCGGGUGGUGUGAAUGGCUUAAAGAUAACUACACCUGAGGAGCAGUUCACUCUCAUUUCAUCAACACCCCAGGAAAAGACUAAGUGGCUACGGGCUAUAAGCCAAGCUGUGGAUCAGGCUUUGAGAGGGGCAUCUGAUCAUCCACCUUAUGGAGGUGGCAGCAGCAUUCAGAGGCAGGAGCCGCCCAUUUCACGCAGUGCUAAAUACACUUUCUACAAGGAUCCUCGCCUGAAGGAUGCAACCUAUGACGGACGCUGGUUUUCAGGGAAGCCUCAUGGAAGAGGGGUUUUGAAGUGGCCAGAUGGAAAGAUGUAUUCCGGCACAUUCAGGAAUGGCUUGGAAGAUGGGUAUGGAGAAUACAGAAUCCCAAACAAAGCACUGAGCAAAGAAGACCAUUAUGUGGGCCAUUGGAAAGAAGGAAAGAUGUGUGGUCAAGGAGUCUAUAGUUAUGCCUCUGGUGAAGUGUUUGAAGGUUGUUUUCAAGAUAACAUGCGUCAUGGUCAUGGUCUGCUACGAAGUGGAAAAUUGACUUCCUCUUCUCCCAGCAUGUUCAUUGGUCAGUGGGUAAUGGAUAAGAAAUCAGGAUAUGGUGUCUUUGAUGAUAUCACAAGGGGUGAAAAGUACAUGGGAAUGUGGCAAGAUGAUGUAUGUCAAGGGAAUGGUGUGGUAGUUACCCAGUUUGGAUUAUACUAUGAAGGCAACUUUCACCUUAAUAAAAUGAUGGGAAAUGGGGUUUUGCUUUCUGAAGAUGAUACGAUCUAUGAGGGAGAAUUUUCGGAUGACUGGACUCUUAAUGGAAAGGGAACACUGACUAUGCCAAAUGGAGAUUACAUUGAAGGUUAUUUUAGUGGAGAAUGGGGAUCUGGCAUAAAAAUCACUGGAACUUACUUCAAGCCUAGUCUGUACGAGACUGAUAAAGACAAACCCAAAGUUUUCAGGAAACUAGGAAAUCUGGCCGUGCCGGCUGAUGAGAAGUGGAAAGCAGUGUUUGAUGAAUGUUGGCAUCAGCUGGGCUGUGAAAGUCCAGGCCAAGGGGAAGUUUGGAAAGCAUGGGAAAAUAUUGCUGUGGCCCUGACUGCCAACCGGCGCCAACACAGAGACAGGUGGGUGAAUGCCUGCCCAGCACAGGGCAGAGCAUGGGAGGAAGAUGAAACUUAAAACCGACGAGUAGUCAAGGCUUGCCACACUUACCUUAAAAAUAUGAUUUAAUUUAAAAGUCAAUGGUGUACUUUUUUUUCUGGGUAAGAGUGAUAAAACAUCCCACCCUCCCCCUUAUCUUCUCCUGAACUCAGCUAUAAAACUCUCACCGAAUACAUGGAUAGCUAUUUGAAAACUGAAAAGUAAAUAUCAGCUAGUGUACUGGGGAAGAACAUCUGAGUUCAAAGGACCAUUGAACCAGUCAUGCGUUUACUAGGUUUUUACCGUAAAUAUCCCUCAUCCUGAACACCGUGUAACCUGAAACCUUGAAGCAGGCACUAUGUUACUGUAGAUUGACAGAGAUCCCGAAAAAACCCUUUGCUUUGGCUCAAGAUGCGAAAAAGAGACUCCGGAAGCUCAGAGAGAGUGGAGGAGGUACACUGGGCUUGCUCCCUCUCCUCCAUUUUCUCCUGCUCCAGCCCCCACUACUCCUGUGGCCGGGCAGUGCCAGCUGCUUGAGAAGCCAUGACGGGAAGCUCACAAGAGCUAAAAGUCUUGAGGAAAUUCUUUUUAAAAAAGAUAGAUGUUUUAUAGAU